AUCGACGUCUACUACACUAGGGUUUCACCAAGUAUAUUAAUUCUCUUACAAUGCAUGCAUGAACUAAGAUGCGCAUUAAAGCUGGAAUCUUGUUCUCACCUGCAUAUGUCUACGAAGAUUUCUCCAUCAUCUCGGGAUUAGGACCAACGUCGAGACGUCACAUCACACAGCAGACCGGCCAGACAAUGUGAAUGCACGUUUCAGCUGGCUUGGGACGAACGGCUUUACCUUUCUGAUAGCAACGGCGCAGUCUGAGCGUAUUACAUGUAAGCGACGUGUCAAGACAUAAAGAAGCUAAUAUAGAAGAUACUACUUCGUGUUGCGGGGUUCAGCUUCAUCGGACCACCGCAUGCGACCUACGUCAGGCCGUUAAGGCGAUGAACAAAGAAUCGCAUCAGAGGUAGAUAUCAUCUCCCUCCACAACGCCAAUGUGAUACCGCGGAGAUGCGAGGCUUGUGGGGUAAAGAGGAGGUCAUGCGGUGUAGCAAAGGAUAUUCCACAUCAGUCUUCAUGCGUUAGACCGACGCGGAUGAAUUUGGGCCCCAUAACGAAAUAUCUCGAAGGAGUGAAUAAACCGCCAUCACCGAGUAACUCAGAUUAUCGGGGGUAAAUAACUUGGCCUUUGGCCUUUGGCCAUAGGAGGUACCUACCUAACCUACCUAACGCUUCUUAAUGAACAAUUUGACGAAAAGUAUUGAAGCACUACAACCAUGGCGGGAAAGCUCCUCGCGGCUUUUGGCGAGCCAAAUUUCUUUCGCGACGCAUUCAAUUACGACUUAGGCAAAAUUAAGGCAUGGAUGGACGAUUGUGUCGCGGGGAAGAAAGGAAAACCUCAGACUGACAGUCAAGAAGUUCGGGAUCAGCUGAAGCGUGUUCAGAAUUUCUUCAAUGUUCUCAUCGUCCCUAACGGCUUUGAGUAUGUCAACGCCGCAGCACCGCCAAAGAGUCACUUUCCGCGCAAGCUCAAUCCAGCUUGGCCUAAAGUCGCAAACAAGGACAAUGAUCCGGUCAAGUUUAUCCUGCUGCAUUGGCCGAUCAAGUAUAAAGGAGCCUUGGAAAAACCUAUAGAUGUCAAGUGGUGGAAUCCCUAUGAUCUGCUUGGCCUCUUCAUUAGCAUUCUGGGCCCGGCUCCCAAGACGGCUGGUAAGAACAACUACUUCUUGCCGCUAACAACGGUUUAUGCACGGUGGUGCUCGUGCGUCGCAGGGCAUGCGCCCGAUAGUCGGGACUGGGAUCCCCGUGGAGAUGGAGUGGGUGAUUGGCCUUAUAUGUUCCAGGCUACAUGGAAACCGAUGGGAGACAAAAUUUAUUUCUUCCUUGGGAGCUCCGUAGCUGGCGACGACUGGCAAGAGGUUACAAGGAAGGGCCAAGAUCCUAACCUAACAGUGGGAAAAUGGAGGAGAGCAGUGCAGCGUAGUCGAUUCGACAUGUUCUAUAACAGCCUACAGAUGAAGCUUUUCCAGAAUACCGAGUUUGAUAGCUCGCCAGUGCAGAGCAAUAAAAAUACUAGAUCGAACCAGCCGUAUGGUAACUGUGGAGAGACGUACCCCUUUACAUUCAGCAUUCGCAGCUCCAACAACGCCGAUCUAAAUGGUCUCGCUCUUCAACGAGACUUUAUGAUGAAACAGAGCUUGGCAUCUUACGACGAGUAUUUGAAAGGAAGAAAUUAUCUUUGCGGACCUUGCGACAACUGCCGUACCCUCAUCAAGGCCGCCGGAGCCGACCCAGUGAAAUUCGGAGGGAAGAAAGACCAAAGCAAGGCCCAAAAGAAGACACAACAAGCUACCACAGCCGAAACAGCAGCAGACACAACCCCGAUGGCGGGUGUAACCGAUCCACCUGAGGGCUGGAGCAUCACGGCCGAAGACAUGAACACCGCCUACUACUGGGGUGCGAAUGGCCAAGGCACACUGGCCGCCCAGAGGGUCGGCCUGACCAGCCCCUCGGGACUCAUGGUCGUCGACCCCGAAUGCGGCGGCGACGCGUACUUGUUCACCGCGUCGACCGGCAAGGUCUACCUGUGGAACAUGGUCACCGGUGAAGUUUUUGAGUACACGAAUCCCGCGGACCUGGACGGCGUCCUGGCUCAGAUGAAGAUGCCGCCGGGGAAGGGCAAGGUGGAACGCGUGCUACUUUCCGAAGUUGAAGGGUCGUAGGAAUCGGGUUUCUUUUUGAAAGGUUAAUAUGUUUCAUAUCUAGGUACCUAAGGUGCCUAUAUAACAUGACGUCUUCAUGAUGAUGUAGCUAGACGACUCGGAGGCUGGACGCGUUCAUUUAAUCUUGGGGUUUUCCGGAGGACUUGGUUUUCAAAUCAUGUAAUUUCGCUAAGUGUUGGGAUAAUUAUGUAGUCGCGCGAUAUAAUGUUUUGAGAAAUACCAGUGGUUGUCAUUCCUUUAGUCAUGCAAGAGAUGAA